AGAUUCUCAGUUUUAAUUUCACUUUCUUCUUCACAUCCACUCAUCAUCAUUGCUCUCUCCGGCGACAACGAAAACUAAACACUUCGCCGUCACACACUCUCUCUCUCUAAUCUCCGGCGAUGGAGAGUUUUGCUCUUCACUCUCUCUCCACCACCGCCACUUCCACCUUACUCUCCCAUCAUCAUCAUCAUCCCUCACGUCUCUCUCUUCUCCGUCGCACCUCCUCGAGAUCUCCGCCUUCAACAAUCUCCCUCCGAUCUCUCUCCGUUCAACCUAUCUCCUUCCCUCUCCUCAAACCAAUUCCUCGAUUCUCCACACGAAUAGCCGCCGCACCACAAGACAACGCUCCUCCUCCUCCUCCUCCUCCCCCAUCUCCGUCUCCGUCUCCUCAAGGAGCGAAACUCAUUCCUCUAAUCCUCUCAAUCUCCGUCGGUCUCAUCCUCCGAUUCGCUGUUCCUCUACCAGAAGGAGUCACGCCACAAGGCUGGCAAUUACUCUCCAUCUUCCUCUCAACAAUCGCUGGUCUCGUCCUUAGUCCUCUCCCAGUCGGAGCUUGGGCUUUCAUUGGCCUCACCGCUUCAAUCGUCACCAAAACGCUUUCUUUCUCCGCGGCUUUCUCAGCUUUCACAAGCGAGGUUAUCUGGUUGAUCGUUAUCUCUUUCUUCUUCGCUCGUGGAUUCGUCAAAACAGGUCUUGGUGAUAGAAUCGCUACUUACUUUGUGAAAUGGCUUGGGAAGAGUACUUUAGGUCUUUCUUAUGGGCUCACGCUUAGUGAGGCUUUGAUUGCUCCUGCAAUGCCUAGUACCACUGCUAGAGCUGGUGGCAUUUUCUUGCCCAUCAUCAAGUCUCUCUCGCUAUCUGCUGGAAGUAAACCGGGUGAUUCUUCUUCUAGGAAAUUAGGGUCUUACUUGAUCCAAUCUCAAUUUCAGUGCGCCGGAAACUCUAGUGCUCUUUUCUUGACUGCUGCAGCUCAAAAUUUGCUGUGUCUCAAGUUAGCUGAGGAGCUUGGAGUAGUGAUCUCAAACCCGUGGGUUUCUUGGUUUAAGGCUGCUAGUCUACCUGCAAUCAUAUCACUUCUUUGUACUCCAUUUAUCCUCUAUAAGCUUUAUCCUCCAGAAACCAAAGACACACCGGAUGCUCCAGGUAUUGCUGCAACGAAACUCAAGCAAAUGGGCCCUGUCACUAAAAACGAAUGGAUCAUGGUCAGUACAAUGCUUCUUGCUGUCACUCUUUGGAUCUGCGGAGAGACUCUCGGAAUACCAAGUGUUGUAGCUGCCAUGAUCGGUCUCUCCAUACUUCUUCUGCUUGGUGUCCUCAAUUGGGACGAUUGCCUAAGCGAAAAAUCGGCAUGGGACACAUUAGCAUGGUUUGCUGUCUUGGUGGGAAUGGCAGGACAGCUCACAAACCUCGGUGUUGUAACAUGGAUGUCUGAUUGUGUAGCCAAAAUUCUCCAAUCUCUCUCCUUGGGUUGGCCUGCUGCGUUUUGGCUUCUUCAAGCAGCGUACUUCUUCAUUCACUAUCUUUUUGCAAGCCAAACCGGUCACGUUGGAGCGCUUUUCUCAGCUUUCCUUGCUAUGCAUAUAGCAGCAGGUGUUCCGGGCAUUCUAGCUGCACUUGCUUUAGCUUACAACACCAAUCUUUUUGGUGCUUUAACUCACUACAGUAGCGGUCAAGCCGCUGUCUACUUUGGAGCGGGUUAUGUUGAUCUGCCUGAUGUAUUCAAGAUUGGAUUCGUGAUGGCUACGAUUAAUGCGAUAAUUUGGGGAGUAGUUGGAACUUUCUGGUGGAAAUUUUUGGGUAUGGCUUUUGGUACUGGAAGUGCAGUUGCACACAGGGCUGUUGAUUCUGUGAUGGGUCCACGAACCAUUCAACAUGAAGCUGUUGAGGCUGCUUCUGCAUCUCCAGCUCUUGCUGGAAGCUCCAUGCUUUCUAGCACCUGUGACAUUCAUGCUAAGGCUUUCCAAGAUUGCAUUGGCAGCUAUGGAAGCGAGAUUAGCAAAUGUCAGUUCUACAUGGACAUGUUGUCCGAGUGCAGGAAGAACUCUGGUUCCGUGAUUGGUGCCUAGAGUUCCAUUUCUCAUUUGUUUUGUCUAAAAAUUAUCCAGCUGUGCUGAUGCUGAGAAUUUGGAUUUGAUCAAAUAACAGUAUUUUGUUCCCAGAACCAGAAACUGCAUGUUUGAAGUCUUAUUAUGGGUACUCGUUUGUAAGACUUGGGUUCUAUCCCUUUCUAAUCAAAUAAUGCAAGUUUU